GUCAAACAUGGCGUUGUCCUGUUCGAGCCUGUGUAACCAUUUGUCUUUGGUCCGACUGUGUGGUCUCAGGACAAACAGGACAACAAGUGGGCUUUAUUCUCCAUACGUGUCCUGUCAGUCCAGGUUGGCCCUAUGUAGACACUACUCAUCAUCCAAAGUGAGACGAGGUAUUGGUCGAUAUGUCGCCUCCAGGCUUCAGUGGGCAAAUAGCAAAUAUGAAGGUUUCCUGCAAAGGAGAUUCCCUCGCUUUUACCUGCUCUACCAUACUUUUGUGGAAGGAUUCAAAUUACUGUUCCAAGAUACCAAAGAGGUGAGGAGGAUAAAAGCAAAGAUGUCCUCUGGAGUAAAGUUCCAGGAUUUGCCCUACAGGGAGAUGGACAAACUCAGACAGUUUCGCAGAAACAUGAUCAAAGCCAUCCCACUGGUGAUGAUAUCCAUCCCCCCCUUUGCCAACUACCUGGUUUUUGUCUUGAUGUACUUUUUCCCCCGCCAGCUCCUGAUCCCUCACUUCUGGACUCCCAUGCAGCAGGUAGAGUUUCGGGGAGUGUAUAAUUCGCUCAGGGCACGGCACCACUGGCCGGUGCUCAAAGGGCUUGAGUAUACGAGCAGUAAAGUCAAAGACAGUCAGCUACAGACUCGCCUUAAGGACCUGUGCGCUAAAGUGCAAAAUGGAGCAACUCCUAAAGUGUCUGAAAUCCUUGCUGUUCGAAGACUGUUUUCUGGACCCCCUCUGGGCAUGAAGAGGAUGCGCGUGCAUCACAUGAGGCACAUCAGCCCCCUGCUCUUCCUGACGCCUCGCCUCCCAGGUUUCCUGAUAGGCCGGCGGCUGAACAGCCACGCCCUCGAGCUGCUGCAGCUGGACCGGGCCCUCAGCAGGCUGGGCCCUCACCAGCUCAGUGACUCUGAACUCAAACAGGCUUGUUAUUUAAGAGGGCUCAAUUCUGAUAAUCUUGGCAUCAACCAGUGUCGUGAGUGGUUAUCCCAGUGGCUUCAGGUGUCCUCCUCAUUGAAAGAGUCAGAGGUGUCACUGCUUUUGCACACCAUGGUAUUUCUCUCUGCCAACUACCCAACUGGUAUCAAAUGGUCCCGCUGACAGGAAGCCGGACACAGUCUGCAUUUGUGAUUACGUUCUCAUUCGUGCACUGAGCAGCACAACAUCCUAAGAGUUGUCAACAUCUCCCUUUUGCCAAGUAAAAAACAUGUUAAAACUGUUCUUGGCAAGAUUUUUGGGUUUCAAAAAAAAAAAAAAAAACUGCCCGCCCAAAGCUCAAAGUAGGUCUGCCAUAAAGACAACGAUCCUGUUAAUUCUAGACACUGUGGCGUUGUCGUAUUUGUAAAUUAAAGUUCUUGUCUUAGCUAUGAACAUCUCUACUCAUUUGAAGUGACGAAUACAAAUACAAGUACAUACACAGUAAACAGAAUUUCAUUUGAAAAAACAUGGUGACUAUGGAGUGGUGCGGGAUUCUGCUUUACACAAGAUUUAUUUUGGCUUAAAAAUCUUGCUUAGUGCAGUGAAACUAAUUGUGAUGCACUGAACUAUAUUUAGUGGUGAUGUUGAGGUAAUAUGAUUGCCUGUUGCUGUAUCUCAAGCUUGUUCACAUUUUAAGGCACAGACUCGUCAUCUGUUUACUUCUAAGCUAACACAAAUUAUUACAAAGCUACAAAGACAGGAGGAUUUUGUGAAGUGAAAGUUCAGCAGAACUUUCUGGUCUGUUAAUGUCUUUGCUCGAGGAAUGGUGCAAUUGCUCUGACACAUUCCAUUCAUAAAAAUACAGAUACAGGAGAUAGCUUUUGUGUGAGCAUAUUUAUACAUAUUUGUUCACAUCAAACAUGUACUGUAUUUUCUCAUACCUUACUUUGUGCUCUGCUCUUACUUUUUU